AUGCUUCCAAUCCGACGGCUCUUGAACCACAUUAAAUACCUUAAAAUUGGCAAAAGAAAAUUCAUAAACGCCAAACUCCAAAAGGUGCACAGAGCGCAGAAGCUUUUCAUGGCUUCCGUCUUUCUGUUUCUGUUUCUCCCUUUAAUGUUUACAGCUUCAGCUCAACAAAGAUACUCCAAUAUAAGCCAAGGAGAUUACCUGAAUACCGCCACCAAGCCCUCGUGGUUGUCGCCUCCUGGUCUUUAUGCCUUUGGAUUUUACCAACAAGGCAGUGGCUAUGCUAUUGGUGUUUUUAUUGUUGGAAUUCCUCAUAAGACGGUCGUCUGGACUGCAAACCGAGAUGAUCCACCAGUACACAACGCUACCUUGCUAUUCAGCAAUACUGGUGAGUUUAUCGUGCUAGCGCUAAACCAAGCAAUGCCCACUCCAGUUAUUUCUCCUUCACAGUCACCUUCUUCGGCUUCUUUGUUUGAUUCGGGCAAUUUUGUGCUAUAUAAUUCUGAUCGUGAUAUAAUAUGGCAGAGUUUUGAUCACCCAACUGAUACCCUUUUGCCUACUCAACGCCUUGAAGCUAAUUCGCAGCUAUUUUCUGCUGUUUCACAAACUAAUCACUCCACAGGAAAUUUCCGCCUUGCUAUGCAAGAAGAUGGAAACCUUGUCCGGUAUGCGACGACAACAACUACUGUGACUGUUCAAGAUGCUUAUUGGGCAACCGGUACAGAUGGGCAAGGGAAUAAUGUGACUCUAAAUCUUGAUGACGAUGGCCAUCUUUACCUGCUCAAUGUCACUGGCAAUAUAAUUGUGAAUCUAACAGACGGAGGGUAUCCCAUAGAAGAAACAAUUUACAUUAUGAGAAUUGAUUUUGACGGGAUAUUCAGAUUGUACUCGUACAGUCUGACACAGAAUGGAAACUGGUCAGUUUUGUGGUCAUCCACAAAUAAUAAGUGCGAUCCCAAGGGAGAAUGUGGUUUUAAUAGCUAUUGUGUUUUAAAUGAUCAGGAACGUCAAUGUCGUUGCCUCCCAGGAUUUGCACGUGUUGAUCAGAAUAAUUGGAAUGUUGGAUGUGAGCGGAAUUUUUCUUCCCGAAGUUGCAAAGAUGAUCAUGGAGACAUCAGAAUUCAAGAACUUACCAAUACUGUAUGGGAUGAUAAUCCAUAUUCCGUUCUCUCAUUAUCUAUCAAAGAAGAUUGUGAGCGAGCCUGCUUGGAGGACUGCGAAUGUGUUGCUGCAUUUUUCAAACAUGGGCAGUGCAAAAAGCAGAGGCUGCCUUUGAGAUAUGGGAAAAGAGAUUUGAGUGACUCAAACAUAGCUUUGAUCAAGGUCGGCACCCCCACAGAUAGAGUUGAGCCUGGAAAGAAAAAGAACAAUCAGCACGGAAGGGGCAUCCAUAUUGCAAGUUUUUCAAUUGUUGCUCUUGGGCUUGUAAUGUUGGCAAUUGCUGGCAUUCUGUUUUAUAAAUCUCGUGCACACGCAUACAAAAGUAUAAAUGCAAAUGAGAAUAUUGUAUUAUGGGAGGAAUUUGCUCCCCGAUCUUUCACCUUUGCAGAACUAGAGAAAGUAACAAAUGGUUUCAAGGAAGAAAUUGGCAGAGGUUCAUUUGGGACAGUUUAUAAAGGGCUAAUAUCGAGUACCCAAAGAGUUGUAGCUGUCAAGAGACUAGAAAGAGUUCUAUCUCAAGGGGAAAGAGAAUUCCAAACUGAAGUGAAGGUUAUUGGAAAAACGCAUCACAAGAAUCUAGUACGCCUGCUCGGCUAUUGCAAUGAAGGACCUAAUAGGCUCUUGGUAUAUGAAUACAUGAGCAAUGGGUCUCUUGCUGAUGUAGUCUUCUCUCCUGAAAAAAGACCUUGUUUUGCAGAAAGAGUGGAGAUUGCUUGCAAUAUAGCAAGGGGUAUCCUCUAUCUACAUGAAGAGUGCGAGACCCAGAUCACCCAUUGUGAUAUAAAACCAGAGAACAUACUAAUGGAUGAAUACAGGUCUCCAAAAAUCUCUGAUUUCGGAUUGGCAAAGCUGCUGAAGCCUGACCAAACAGAAACCUUCACAGGAAUUAGAGGAACAAGAGGAUAUGUUGCACCAGAAUGGCAUCGUAAGCUUCCUGUUACUGUUAAAGCUGACGUUUAUAGUUUUGGAAUUGUGUUAUUGGAGAUCGCAUGUUGUAGAAGGAAUGUGGAUCAAAAUCUUCCAGAGAUUGAAUCCAUUCUUGUGGAUUGGGUGUCCUAUUGUUUUGAGGCUGGCGAAAUAGAUAAAUUGGUUAGUGAAGAGGAAGUGGACAAGAGACAAAUGGAUAGAAUGAUCAAAGUGGGGCUUUGGUGCACUCUAGAUGAACCAUCCAUCCGCCCUUCCAUGAAAAGGGUUCUGUUGAUGUUGGAAGGAAUAGUAGACAUCCCAAUACCACCAAGUCCUACUUCUUUUCUUAGCAGCAUUUAA